GGCGGGACGGAACCUCCCCCUGUUGUCCCCAGCAGCCCCGGAUCAGAGGGGGAGAGAGGACACCGACACACCGACACGGAGCACCGGCCACCGGAGAGCUGCUAUCGGGCUGUAGCACCUCCAGCUGCCGUUCUGGGACUCGGUCUGCGGGCCGCUCCGGGACCGACCGGGACCGGGAGGGUCUCCGGGCUGCGCGCCGCCGCCGUCCGUCCUGCGGCUCCGGAGCUGAGGGGAAGUUCUCCGGAGAGCCGUGCAGGUCUGGUGCGUGUUGGAGGAGCAGCAGCAGGAGGAGGUUGGAUUAAUACACACGCACGCCCGCACGCACGCACACACACGCACCCGCAGCAGCCCGGGGACGCACCGGGGACGCACCGGGCCUGGUUGCGGGUCGCGGUUUUACAGCGCUCCUGGAAGUGGUCUUUAAAUGCUGGAGGAUCCGGAGGACCGCAGGAGUCCACCUGGAGGCUCCGACUAGACCAACAUGUGGAGGACCGGACUGGCCGGAGCCCUGCUGCUGCUGCUGCUGCUGCUGGGGACUCUGAGUGCAGGGCUGAGCCACGGGGAGGCCGACACCAGGGAGUGUUUGUUCUACAACGUCAACUACGACGUGGAGAAGACCAACCAGAGCGGAGUGGAGCGCUGCGAAGGAGAGACGGACAAACGGUCGCACUGCUACGCUUCCUGGAGGAACAACUCAGGAUCCAUCGAGCUGGUGAAGAAAGGAUGCUGGCUGGACGACUUCAACUGCUACGACCGACAGGAGUGUGUGGCGACAGAGGAGAGUCCUCAGGUCUUCUUCUGCUGCUGUGAAGGAAACUUCUGCAACGAGAGGUUCACACACCUGCCUGAUGUCACCGGACCACUGAUCAAGGGUCCGCCCCCCAGCGUCGGCGUCCUCAACGUCCUGAUUUACUGCCUGCUGCCCGUCUCCAUGCUGUCCCUCGCUCUGCUCACCGCCGUCUGGAUGUACCGACACCGCAAACCUCCGUACGGACACGUGGACAUCACCGAGGAUCCUGGUCCUCCUCCUGCCUCCCCCCUGCUGGGUCUCAAGCCCCUGCAGCUGCUGGAGGUGAAGGCCAGGGGGCGCUUCGGCUGCGUGUGGAAGGCCCAAAUGAUGAACGAAUACGUGGCCAUCAAGAUCUUCCCCAUCCAGAAUAAGGAGUCGUGGCAGAACGAGAGGGACAUGUUCAUGACGCCGGGGAUGAGGCAUGAAAACAUCCUGAGGUACAUCGGCGCAGAGAAGCGAGGAAGCCACCUGGAGGCCGAGCUGUGGCUCAUCACUGAGUUCCACGAGAGGGGCUCCCUGUCCGACUUCCUGAAGGGAAACGUGGUCAGCUGGUCGGAGCUCUGCCUGAUAGCCGAGUCGAUGGCGUGCGGCCUGGCUUACCUCCACGAGGACAUCCCCCGACACAAAGGAGAGGGACCCAAACCGGCCAUCGCUCACAGGGAUCUGAAGAGUAAGAACGUCAUGCUGCGUUCAGACCUCACUGCCGUCAUCGGAGACUUCGGCCUGGCCGUUUGCUUUGAGCCAGGAAAACCACCUGGAGAGACACAUGGGCAGGUGGGAACCAGGAGGUACAUGGCUCCAGAGGUCUUAGAAGGAGCAAUCAACUUCCAGCGAGACGCCUUCCUUCGAAUCGACAUGUACGCCCUGGGCCUGGUGCUGUGGGAGCUGGUGUCCCGCUGCAAGGCUGCCGACGGUCUGGUGGACGAGUACAUGCUGCCGUUUGAGGAGGAGCUCGGUGGGCAUCCGUCCCUGGAGGACCUGCAGGAAGUCGUGGUCCACAAGAAGAUGAGGCCGGUCUUCAAAGAGCUCUGGCUCAAACACAGCGGUCUGGCUCAGAUCUGUGAGACGGUGGAGGAGUGCUGGGAUCACGACGCCGAGGCUCGUCUGUCGGCCGGCUGCGUGGAGGAGAGGAUCUCGCAGGUCCGCCGCCUGGUGGCCACCAUCACCCCGCCUACCUCCGACCACAACGCCUUGCUGGCGUCCACCAUCCCACCCGUUCCCAUGGUAACUAAUGUCGACCUGCCACCCAAAGAGUCCAGUAUAUGAGGAGAAAGAAACAAAACCAAGAGCAGAAAACCUGCUGCUUCUGGAGUUUUCCUGAUGUUAGCAUUGAUUUUCCUCAAUACUUCCUCUGAAAACGGCCGAAUGACUGAAACACACAAACACGCACACACACAUCAUGUUUUCUCAGUGGAAUUUUAAACCAGAAAUCCGGCAUGAGAGCAGCUGCUAUUUUAUCUCUUUGGACUUGUGUUUUUUAUCUCUCCUCCUCCUCCUCUUCGUCCUGUCGGACAGAUAGUACCAGCACACGUCCUUGUUUUCCUCCACCGUUCCUCUCAGUACUGACUCAUUUGUGUCUUUUUUUAGUGGGAAAACAGAAAUGCAUUCAGGUCCGACUCAGUGAAUGCUAUCUCCAGGUACCUCAGCGACCACUUUCCUUACUAAUUUUUUACGGUUCUUCAGGCGUAUUCUUCCCUCUGCUGUUUUCUUCUCCACAUCUGGAUUUUAGCUACCUACCUGGCCACUUUGCAGCGGCGUCGCCUAGCAACCACCGACCAUCAGGCGACUGUUGGGCGAUUGUUUUUUUUUUUACUAUGAUGUUGCAAAACCCUUGUAGGAACGCCAAGACUGUUACACAGCAACAGAUACCGACAGCAAGCUUUCAAAUGUUGAGUUUUCUACCUUUUCUGGACUCUUUUUGUUUUUUAUUGUUCUCCUGCGACCACGUGUUGCUUUUCACACGACAAACCUUCGGAUCCAACGGGUUGCAUCCAAAAAGACGGGAAACGUGAAGGGACAGAAGGAUUUCAGCGUGGAGGUUUGCUUUCUCUCUGGCUUCGUGUUCAGCAGGUUGAACGCUGAGGGAACUCUUGGAUUGGUUCGGAACCAGGAAGCAAACGUCUUGCAUGCAGAGAUUUGAUUGGCUGACUGCGCUCAACCACAGCAUUUUGGUUGGAAUAAAACUUCUCAGGUAACCAGGUAUACAUGGGUCGGGGCGGGGAUGUGGGGGCGCCGGACGCAGGUGUCCACGGUCGAGAAUGAGGGCGGGGCCAACAUCAGGUGUGGCCGAUGGAAGCCUUCGGUGGGAGGGGCUUAUCUGAGGGUGCUCUAAGCCUGUUGGCUGUCCUGAAUAUGUACAUUUGCAAGGUGCCCAAACAAGGGAAACACGUGUUCCCUGAAAAAUGGUGCAAGACUUCAACAUGCAUAGAGUGUUUAUGCAUUCAGGUCAGUGUGAGAGAGUGUGUGAGUGUGAGUGUGUGUGUGAGUGAGUGUGAACAGUCACAUGAUGUGACGGCUGUGUUCUUGGUUUGGUGUUGAUUUUCUACUCUACCUGCUGAUCCUGUCAUCGUUCCAGCAGGAGGUCAGUGGGAGGUCUGUGUCCUUUGACCUGCUGUCCUCCAACAGCGCCGCCCUGUGGCAGAGCUGCAGCGCUGCAGCAACAGAAAACCUGCACUUCUAAAGCUUGUUUUAUGCUUGACGUGUCCGCGAGGUCUGUGAGGACGAAUUCCGUCAUUUUAGCCACGCCCCCUCACAUGGCCAUCCUCCAGGGGUAGAUUUCCAUGUCGUUCACCUCCAACGUUUUUUAACUACGCGGACGGAGACGUGUGGAAAACAUGGCAAAAGAACAGGAGCUUCUAGCAGCUGAAGUUCAGAAAUCCAGGUGUUUAUGCCGUGUUGUAAGUGGAGUUAACGAUGGAUAACUUUUUCUACUCUAGUUUAGCACUAGAGUAGACAAGGUAGACGUGUGGUUGCGAUGCACUGCCCCCUGCAGGUUGGGAGCAGAUGCCACACCGAGUAUAAAACCACAUGCAUUUCCUCAAGUGGAUUUCAAGUGUCUCAUUUCCACACGUCACGAAAGCAAACCCCAGGCUUCAGACCUCUCUUUGUUGCAGCAGCGCCACCUGCCAACUGGACAAUCACUGCAGCACACAGCUUAAAGGUUUAUUCCACCAAAAUACUACUUUCGCUCCAAAUACAUGUAGUUUUUAAGAUCCAUUACACCCCAAAUACUACUUUUUGUCUCAGUAUUUAUAGUUUUAAAGGUUUGAUGCACCCAGUUAGUACUCUCUGACAAAAACUGAAAGGUUUCUUCCUCUCAGUGCUGUCCAUACGUCAUAGACUCUGUGUUUUUUAUGGUGUGGACCAGCUGGGCCUCCUCUGUGGUAAACUGGUGGUCUUAAACCUGCAGUCCUAAAAAUGUCCUCUGCUGCAGACUCGCUCUUCCUGAACGUUUCUUUCCGGCUGCAGCCCUUCCUCCUGAUCUAGUUCAAUGCUUUACAGAAAAACGUGUCAAAUCCAGCUUUAAAAUACUACACUCAUGGUUUUCUGCAUUUCCCUUCAGGUCAGAUCCAAACCGGUGUCAGUAUCCAUCUCAUCCCUCUGAUCCACAGGGUGGAUCCACCAAAUGUGGAUUAAUCUGCUGCUGAAAGUCGUCCCCAAAGCAACAAAUGCUUCAUUUCCUCUCCUCUGUUUGGUAAAAACUACAGUGACUGGUUCUUAAACAUGAAAUUAUAGCGAUAUAUGAUGUUAAAGAUUUCUGUCUUCAGGCACGCUGCUGGUUUGAGUCUGAACAUGAAGGAAAGUCCAGAUGAAUUUAACCUUCUGAACCCCAAGUUUGAUUGUUUGUUUUUUAUUUUUGCUUCUGACUCAGUUUUCUUCACUGUGGUUCCUUUUUAAUCUAAAAUCCUGCAGCUAAGUGGAACCAGAAUGAAGAAAGAGGAAGAACCCCGAGAAGUCUUCUGUCUGUAGGACUCAGUUCAAAUGACGGAAACCAGAAAAAAACAAAAUUAUUUCACAAAAAUAUUUUUAAAAACUGGAACCAUCACGUCCACCAAGUUUCCUCAGAUGUUAACUCUGAACUUAGUCUCCUCAUCCUGGAGAUGUUUUUCUAUCUCCAUGUCUCCUCUCUACUCUGCUCAUCAGCUCUAGAAAGAUGUUUCACUAUGCUGGAUGGAUCGCCAACUACUUGUGGUCAUUUCGUUUUUUCUGUCUUGUUUUCUGUCUCGUUUGUGUCUAAUUUUUGUCAUCUUGUAUCUCGUUUGUUUCAGUUUGUGUUUCUUGGGGACAGUUUAGUCUUUGUUCUGUUGUUCUGUGUCUCGUUGCUGUCAUUUUAUGUCUCGUUUUUAUAAUUUGUGCCUUGAUUCUGUCGGUUUAUGUCUCAUUUGUGUUGCUUUGUACCCUGUUUGUGUCAUUUUGUGUUUCCUUUAUGUAGUUUUGUGUCUCCAUGUUUCCUCUUCAGACUUCUCCUCUCUACUCUGCUCAUCAUCUGUAGAAAGAUGUUUCACCUUGCUGAAUGGAUCUCCAACUACCUGCUCCUCUGUUCUCCAUUUCUGAGCCAUGCUGCGUUUCUUUGAUUCAUCCAGUAGCUUUGAUUUCCUUCUCAUUCUAGAAUUGUCCAAAAUAAUGUAAAACUUUACCAAAGUAACAAUAAUUGUCAAAAAAUGACCUAAAAAUGUUCCAAAAUGACUCAAAACUCGUCUAAAAUACCUUGAAAGUUGUCUAAAAAUGUUCAAAUUAACUUGAGAACUCUCCACAAUUACUUGAAACUAGUUUAAAGUGACUCAAAAUGUGUUCAAGUUGAUAAUUUUUAAGUUAUUGUGGACAAUUUGGAUAAUUUGGGAUCAUUUUUAGUCCAGUUUGAGUCUCUGCUCAUCAUCAGUAGAAGAUGUUUCACCAUGCUGGAUGGAUCUCCAACUACUUUAACUCCUCUGUUCACUGUUUCUGAGCCAUGCUGUGUUUAUUUGAUUGGUUUUCCUCUCAAUCUAUCUGAGGAAACACUGCCUGCAGUUCAACCUGGAAACUCUCUGGAUGUUUUCUGUUUGUCUCAGCUGAGUUGGUUUUUAGGUUUUUAUAGAAUCUGGUUGAUUUCUGGCUGAUAAUUUUGGCCAUUUUGUAAAAGAUAGAAGCCUGCAGGUUUCGUGGUUCAGAGGGUUAAAUGUGAUCAUGUGAAUAUGAGACUCUUCUCUUUGGUUGCAGCUCGGUUUAUUCCAUCUCCCAGAUCUCCCAGUUUGUCUGGAGUAGGUCACAUGGGUCCCAGUUCCCCCAGUUUAAAGCUGCUCUGGUUUGGUCAAAGGUCACAGGUCACCUCCUCACUUUCCUCUCUGCUGAUCUGGUUUUAUUUUUCCUUCAACCGGGACCAAAAGUGAGGCGGCAGUUCACAAACACAAACCAGGAACUGUGUCGUUUUCUUUGUGUGCUUUUGUUUUUGUGUUCCUUCUGUGAUGCCAUACAUGUAACAGUUAAUGUCUAUGAUGGUGCUGCUGCUGCUGACCAUGAUGAUGAUGAUGAUGGUGAUGAUGAUUCAGACUCAAAGGUAAAUAUAUUUCUGUAGAUUUCUUUUUAUUUUUACUUUAGCUGCAUUGAACACAUGCAACUCUGUGUGGUUUUACAAAGUCGGUGACAGCGUUGGAGGAGUGAUGAGGAACAACACUGACUAACAAACGAUUGGCAAAGACAGAAGCUGGGAGAAAAACAAUGUCCGACUCGGUGAAAACAAUACUGCUCAAGAAGCACAGAUCACCUCAAUACAGCAGAAAUACCUCAGAAGACUUUUCUACGUGUUCGAUUUGUGUUUCUAGAUUUUGUUAUUUGCUUCGACGACUUGUAGUCAUAUAAUAUUUGAUUGUGAACUUUUGAUUCUGUUUUUAUUGUGGAUGUGACUCUUUCAUUUGAGAACUUUAUGUUUGUUCAUCAAAUCCUCAAAGUGAUGAAGAAGAAAUGUGAGCAGGUCACUCAAACCUCCAUGCUGGAAAUGAUCUAUGAAACGCUGCUGCUGCUUUUACUCAAAUCCGACAGCAGAAACACACCUGGAUGCGUCACUCCUCCAUCACCCUUCACUCUCCUGUGUCUCCUUAUCUCCUUAUUUCCUAUCUCUCCACUUGUGUCUAAUCGUGAGCUCUGCCUUCUACUGUUUCCUGUCUUCCUUCUAGGGCCGAUCAAGGUUUUUUGUUUUUAUUUUUGCCCCUGAUUCAGUCUGGAGUCCCAGUGUGACACUAUUUUCCUGAUAAGACACUCUUGUAGAAAUCGUCCAGUUAGAAAGAGUUCCUAAGUUUUCUGCCGUUGUUUUAACUCUCUGGUUCAGUUCAGGCAUCAAAGCUACGUGGUUCUGUUUUUGAAAAAUAUCACAGUUUGGUCGACACUUUUACAUGUUUGAAGCUUGGUUAAGGUUUACUGGUUGAGGUUUAUGAAAAAUGUAGAAGUUUGGGCUGAAAUGACACCAUGUCACAACAUGAUUCAAGCUUCUCCAUUUUCUGGGUUGUCAUGGUGACCCUCCUCAUUUAAUCUAUGAUUGGUUGGCUAAAAAAACGAGCAGCAGUGAAGCAACAUGACAGAGACUUCCGUGGAGGUUAAUGGACACCAGACAGAGUGAAACAACAAAAAUAAAAGUAACAAAAAAGAUGAGACAAUGCAAAUAAGACACAAAUGGACACAAACACAACAGAACGGAGGCGUGAAAUGACAAAAACGGGGCUUAAGAAACAACAAAACAAGACAAAAUCACAAAUUAUAAAGAAGAAGAAGGUCCUAAUGUCAGUAAAUGUGGAUCAGCUGUAGUUCCUGGUUGUUCCAGCAGGUGGAGCCUCUUCCUGUUUAAUCCUGUAGAGACCAGAGGAGGCGUCACUCAGACUACAGUUGAAGCAGAGAGCAUUGUGGGAGUUUAGCAGCAACAGGCACCAUGACAAAGACUUCUGUUCUACUUAAUGACCUCCAACCAGAACUGAUGUGAGAAUGUUCUUCCUACACCACCUUUUAGUUGUAGGAGCUUCACUAAAAACCAGCUAGACUUCUCUGGAAGACAUUUCUUGAAAUGUCUUCGAGAGAAGUCCGGCAGGUUUCUACUGAAGCUCCUAUGAUCACCAGGACCUGAAUGAGUUUAGCAUCAAUGGGCACCAUGACAAAGACUUCUGUUCUACUUAAUGACCUCCGACCAGGUGUUUCAGACAAACUGAAUUCAUACAUGACGUCGUUUUAUUUUUUACAGAACCACUUUAGUAGAACAAAUCAUGCAUCUGUUGACUGAAACAGGAAAAUCAAAGCAGGAUAAAUGUUGUUUUGUGUUCUGUAGUUUUGAUUAAUAACGUUGCAGGUUGACUAAGACAAUAAUUCAGAGUUUUUGUCCUGCCUCACAUCAUGUUCUCCCUCUAUGACCUGUUUAUGUUUGUGCAGAUGGGAUAAGUUAAAAAUGCUUUGAUCGGUCCGGAUCUUUGAGAUCAGAUCAGGACAUCCCUAAUUCUUUCUUUACUUUCCUCAUCUUUGCAAUCUUGAUCUUUUUCACUUUGGUCUUGUGUCCUUCACUUCCUCUUCUCUUCUCGACUCUUUUCUUGUCUUCAUCUUCUCAUUUUGUCUCCUUUUGUCUUCCAUCAGCUCUUCAUUUUCCUUCUCCAUCACCUUGUAUUCUCUAUCCUUUCCUCCUUUAUUACUGCUGUCUCCUCUUCUUCUCUGGAGUGGUGCCUCCUUCCUUCCUCCUCUCGCUUCCUUCUUCCCUUCAGUCCUUCACAUUGGUUCUGAAUAUCGCAGCAGCUCACAUUUGGAUCUAAAUACCUUCAGAAUCCUUGAUUGACUCUUUGUGAACCCAACUUGACCUGCCCACAUUUGAUUCUGGCUCACACUAGUCUCAGAACACUUGUACUCAUUUCAGGGCUGAUCCCUGUGCGACACUCGACCUCUCAGACCGAGCUGAGCAGUCGGGAUGGUGACAAACGAAUGAAGUGAGGGACAGCAGCAACAGCCCCACUCAGAUCCAGGUGUUUCCAGGUGUUUUCAGGAACAUAUUACCUCAUUAAAGCCUCAUGAAAGGUGGAAACGCUGUGCUGGGAAGGCAGCGGUAGUCAGCGUUGUUGGGGAGACUCACGCAGCUUUAUUGAACAUGGCGUUGUUUUUUACAGACAUCUUAGCUCCAGGGACCAGGAAAAAGUGAUGCACGGUGUGGAGGAGAUGCUGCUACAGCCAGCAUUCAAAGGUCAGAAAGACAGCUAACCUUCUUAGCAUCCCACAGUCACACCACAAACCAAGAGAGGGGGACCAAUCUGUUGUAUGCUAACAAUCCAAAAGCGCCCUUUCUGACCGAGCCACGUGCCAAUACAGUGAUAUUCCCUCUCAUGAUGUGAAACUGGUGCAGAAAAUAACAAAUUCACCUCUCCUGUCAGUUCGUGUCAGCAGAACCACUCUAAAGUGUUUUCUGUCCUGCGUUCACUGUAGAACAUGUACAAGGAUUUGAUCUUGCAGCGUGUUAGCUCUGUUAGCACUGUUAGCAUGGCGCCAGCUAACGGAGCGACUCCUCUAAAGCAGAACUGAUACCCGAGUAACGUUCAUGAAGUCUAAAGACACAGCGAGCUGCUGAGUGUCCAGCUGAGGACAGAGACGGAUUUAAAAUAUAUGUGAAAUGUUAGCUUGAUAAAUCAAAUAAUUUCCAGGAUAUAUAUUUUUUAAUGUCGAUGUUAAUUUUUUUUCUUACAUUGAAAUAUGAGGCUGUUUGAAUAAUAAUAUCUCAGAAACUUUAAAAGAGACAAGCCUCAAAUGUUCCCUGUUAUUUCUCAUCACGUCAUUGAUUUAGAAUUUACAAUGUUAGACGAAUAAAUCAAAAAAUUCCCGAUUUUCAUCCUAAAAUAGCCAGAAACUUCAGUGUGAAAAAAAAUGUGCAAAAAAAAAAUGCUGAAGGUGGGUCGAUGGGCAGUUUUAUCACAAAGAUUUAUCCAGGAAAGUAUCUGAUAUCGGAAUCUAAAUUUCACAGAUUCCAUUUUAAAAAUCUAUAGUUUAUGAUGAAACUGUUUCAAGCAAAUCCGAGAUGGUUGAGCAGAAAGUCGCUGAUGACUAUUGAUCCUGUAAAGGUUAAUCUGCAGGUUACUCAGAGUUCUUUCAGCGUAUGUCAGUGGGUCAGAACGAGGGAACAACAAGCUGCAGUAAAUGCAAUAAGAACAUUUGUUUUAGUUCCUGGAACUAACUGAUUGCACAAAAACUGAACAUUACAGGCAUCAGAAGAGGCCACUUUAUGGCACUCAUAUUAGACUGUACAGGUGUACCUAAUAAAGUGGACACUUGGUGCGUCUUGGGCAAAUUAAAUCAAUGUUGGAUACUCUUUAUGAAUAAAUAAAACUGGUCCAAAGCCACAGCGCUCUUUAGUUUUAAAUCCACAUUUCUUUGUAAAUCUUUUCUUGUCUCCAAGAAAAUCCAGCCACAAAUAACGGUGGAGCUGUUAGCCUCCAUGCUAAUGAGCCUGACGACACAGCGAGCAGCCACUAUCUCCCCGGGUUCCUGAAUUCACAGCAUUUCACAUUUUAAAGUCUGGUUUCCACCAAUUGUGAGUGAUUCUUCCAUUUUUGUGGCCAGUCAAGUGCCUGUAAGGAGAAACCAAGAAGUUGGCACUUGUUGGUUUCUCCUCAACAUGUCUGGUGGUUUUAGUUUCAGUUAACAUGGGCCUUAGCUAGCAGCAGAGAGCAGACAGUGAAUCAAACCUCAUGAAACCUUCCUCCUCCUCAGCUGCUGCUGUUUGUGACUCAGUGCAGAUUAACCUCUAACCAUCAGCUCUUCAUCCCAUGAUUUUACCUUCUGCUUCCAUUUUCGCAACAACAGCUGGGAGAAAACACAACCGUUGUGUUGUUGCUGAUUAAAGAAGACCAUGUUACCUGCACAUGAUUACUGACCAAUCCAAACGCAGCAUUUUCAAAUGUGACUGAGGCCUUUCAUUGGUCAGAGGAGGGUUUCUCAGGCAUGUUGUCCGGGGGUCACGGCCACUGACUGUACAUAAAAGAUGCACAUAGCUUUUGGUUGAGAUUUUGGCCCUCAGCAUCUACAUGUUUUGAAUCAGACGUUAUGAGCUAAAACUGAGAACUUGAGAACAUGUGGUAUCUUUAUUGUAUUUUCCUCUAAAUGGGACCAUAAUUUACAACAACAUGCUGUAUUCAGAAAGUCUUAAAACUAGUGAUUGAAACCAUAAAGUCAUUAGUAAAAUGGUUACAUAGGUAAUAAAUCAAGUGAAGAGUAGCUCAUUUUCUCAUCCUUACUGACUUGUUAUUCCUACCUGCUGGCUGUUAGAGAGAAUACAGGUUUAAGGUCACUUUAGCUACGUCCAUCUUGUACCUACAGUCUUUGGUCACACUGAACAAAGUGCUGCCGUUUGUCAACCUGGUUGAAAGGAGUAGUAGUCCCAUGACUGAAGAUGGCUAUUUCCUGUUUUGACUCCCCGUCCCUGAUGUCUACGCAGCAUCCAUCCAUGGACAGAAACAGUGUGCAGCUCUUUCAUAAGCCUUUCCUUCAAGUUCUGUCUGAACUAACUGCACUCUGUGGCUGCUGCUGCCUUUUCUGUCUUGCUAACACCGAGAGGCAGCAUGUUUUGGAACGAGGUUAGAUUUGCUGCAGCUUUCCUCUCAGAUCUGUCCUCAUGGAAAACUGCUGGUAGGUGCUUCAGAAGAACCAACUGGACUUCUUGAAGAUGUUCCACCUCUCAACCAAGAGGUGUUCUCAGUUCUAACUGAUCAGUGGGGAGUCUCAGGUUUUUUCUGUCACUUCCGAAACACAUGGUUAAUGACCCACGUGACUCACGGUGUGAACUGGGACUGAAACUGCCAGGGGAGGGAUGCCUUUAGGAGUGAAUGGUGGUGAAACUGCCAGGGGAGGGAUGACUCUGUGAAAAGUUGUGAAACUUCCUGAGGAGGGAUGACUUCAGAUGUGAACGAUGGUGUAACUGCACGGGGUGGGAUGACUUAAUGUGUGAAAGGGGAUUAUCUCUGACUUAAAGUGUAGUUUUGGUGGAACUGCCUGUGAAGGGAUGUCUCAUUGUGUGGGUGGUGGUAAAACUGACUGUGACAGAGAACUUGCAGUGAUAAGUGUGGUGUAACUGCAUUAGGUGGGAUGAGUCAAUGUGUGAAUGGGGCCAAAACUGCCCAAGAAGGGAUGACUUCAAGUGUUAGUUAGUAAUUCAAACCUUAAGUCAUCCCUCCUCAGGCAGUUUCACCACGAUUCAUACUUUAAGUCAUCCCUCCUCGGGCAGUUUCACCACGACUCAUGCCUGGAGAGAAAUGACUCAAGGUAUGGAUUGUGCUGAAACUGCCCAAGGAGGCAGGUCUCAGUGUGUGAGUGGUGGAGAAACUGCCUGAGGAACAACUCAAACUGCAUUAGGGGGGAUGAGUCAGCGUGUAAAUGGUAGUGAAACUGCCCAGGGUGGGAUUACUCCCUGUGUUGAUGGUGGUGAAACUGCCUGGGGAAUGGAUGUCAGGACUGUAUACCUGGCAGGUAGUGUGAGGUACUCGUUACACAGUUGUGAGGUCCCUCCCCCGGCAGUUUCACCACCACUACACUGUGAAUCUUACAUCAUCACAAGCCAUGAGCCAUUCAUUUAUGGGUGAGAAUAAACUCCUGGGACUCCACACCAGACAGUUAGAGCCAAGGAAACCUCCUGGACCAACGUCUACAAGAACCAAAAAAAGAAGCCCAGUUGCUUUACUGGAGCUUUAAUGAUUUCCACAACUUUAAGGGUUGAAUCUUCACAAACAUG